CGGAAGUGUUACUCUCCUCUGACUAACGUUUGAAUCGACAAGAAUGACCAAUUUAUCUUGUGAAGAAACGGUUCAACGCGGAGCUGCUUCGGUCUUCCCGCUGCUAACGGUCAUAUCUGUGCGCUGAACCCCGGUCCUGGAGGCGGAGGCGGCCAGCGCCCCGAUGCCAGCGGAGAAAACCCCGCCGCUGUGUUUACAAGUCGGCUGCGAGAGAAUUUGUUUCCCCGCAGUGUGUCGUUAACGGAUCGUGCUGCCCGUUUGUGUUGUCGAGGAGGAGGACGGGGGGAAAAUGGCUGAACUGCAUGUUGUAGAACCGAUCGGAACCGGCACCGUAGAUCAGCCCGAGCACCGCGAACACGUUCGGGGCUCGGUGCGCCUGGCGUCGCCCACUCUGGUGGUUCCUCCGCGGGGCGGCGGCCAGCUCAGCCCCGGCGGCGGCAGGUCGGUGUUCGGCUUCCCGCUGAAGAGCAACCCGGGCUCACCGUCCGAACCCGCGGAGAAGCCGGGCUCGCGCUGGGUUCGGCUCAACGUCGGCGGGACCUACUUCAUCACGACCAAACAGACUUUAUGUAGGGACCCCAAAUCCUUCCUGUUCAGACUGUGUCAGGAAGACCCGGACCUGGACUCUGACAAAGACGAGACGGGGGCCUACCUCAUCGACAGGGACCCCACGUACUUCGGGCCCAUCCUGAACUACCUCCGGCACGGAAAGCUGAUCAUGGAUAAGAACCUGGCCGAGGAAGGGGUUCUGGAAGAGGCAGAGUUCUACAACAUCGCCUCCCUGGUGAGGCUGGUGAAAGAGCGGAUACGGGACAACGAGAACCGGACGUCUCAGGGUCCGGUGAAACACGUGUACCGAGUCCUGCAGUGCCAGGAGGAGGAGCUCACGCAGAUGGUGUCGACCAUGUCGGACGGCUGGAAGUUCGAGCAGCUCAUCAGCAUCGGCUCGUCGUAUAACUACGGUAACGAAGACCAGGCGGAGUUUCUUUGUGUCGUUUCCCGAGAACUCAACAACUCCACCAACGGCAUCGUCAUCGAGCCCACCGAGAAGGCCAAGAUCCUGCAGGAGCGAGGCUCGCGGAUGUGAAGAGACGCAGACGUCGAGAACAAAAAGCACACCUGAGUUUUCAUCCACCGCCGUCACUCCACCUCCUCUCCUCCGCCGGGGCUCCCCGACACCUGAAACCCGACCCUGGCUCCUCGUUUCUUCUCCACCUUCAAGAGAAGACCAGCGGGAGGUUCUCCUCUCCGCAG